AUGAAGGGCGAGAUUCUUCACCUUCAUCUCGGCCAGGCCGGUACCCAGCUGGGUAACUCUGCUUGGGAGCUCUACCUCCUCGAGCACGGCCUCGGCCCCGAUGGUCGUCCUGACCCCAACGCCAAGGACGUCGUCGAUGGAGGAUCCUACGAGACGUUCUUUACCGAGACUAGCAAUGGCAAAUACGUCCCUCGAUCCCUCUUCGUCGACCUCGACCCUUCCCCCAUUGACGAGAUCCGAACUGGUGGCUACCGCCAGCUGUUCCACCCCGAGCUGUUGAUCAGCGGCAAGGAGGAUGCCGCCAACAACUACGCCCGUGGCCACUACACCAUUGGCAAGGAGAUGGUUGACAAUGUCAUCGACCGUGUCCGCCGCGUCGCCGGUUCGUUCCUGCCCGUCCAAAGCCCACCCGGUUUCCUGAUCUUCCACUCCUUCGGUGGUGGUACCGGUUCCGGUUUCGGUGCUCUGCUCCUUGAGCGCCUUUCCACCGAGUACGGCAAGAAGUCGAAGCUCGAGUUCGCCGUCUACCCCGCUCCCCGUGUCUCGACUGCCGUCGUCGAGCCUUACAACGCUGUUCUGUCUACCCACAGCACCAUCGAGAACUCGGACUGCACCUUCCUGGUUGACAACGAGGCUGUCUACGACAUCUGCCGCCGCAACCUCGACAUUCCCCGUCCCUCGUACGACCACCUGAACCGCCUCAUUGCUCAGGUCGUCUCCUCCAUCACCUCGUCUCUCCGCUUCGAUGGUGCUCUCAACGUCGACCUGAACGAGUUCCAGACCAACCUGGUCCCCUACCCUCGUAUCCACUACCCCCUCAUCAGCUACGCUCCCGUCAUCUCUGCUUCCAAGAGCUCUCACGAGAGCUUCAAGGUUCAGGAGCUUACCUUCCAGUGCUUCGAGCCCAACAACCAGAUGGUCGUCUGCGACCCCCGCAACGGCAAGUACAUGGCUGUUGCUCUCUUGUACCGUGGAGACGUCGUUCCCCGCGACUGCAACGCUGCCAUCGCCGCCCUCAAGGCCAAGGCCUCCUUCAACCUCGUCGAGUGGUGCCCUACUGGUUUCAAGCUCGGCAUCAACUACCAGAAGCCCAUGGCCGUUCCCGCCGCCGCCGGCGACGGUGGUCUUGCCUCUGUCGACCGUUCCGUUUCCAUGCUUUCCAACACCACCGCCAUCGCCGAGGCCUGGUCGAGAUUGGACCACAAGUUCGAUCUCAUGUACAGCAAGCGUGCCUUCGUCCACUGGUACGUUGGUGAGGGUAUGGAGGAGGGUGAGUUCAGCGAGGCCCGUGAGGAUCUUGCCGCUCUCGAGAAGGACUACGAGGAGGUCGCUGCCGACUCCUACGAGGCCGACGAGGGAGACAUUGAGUACUGA